AGAGAGAGAGAGCAGUAACAUUGAUCAUAGGUGUGACUAGUCAGCUGAUGUGCAGUUAUAAAGUCACGCGAAAUCAACGUCAAAUUUACUUUACUUUAAAGUUACGCUGACAAAAUUUAAUUUGCUCUAAAAAUGGCAUUGCACUCUGCGGCUAAAGGCAAACUUCUUGCAGUGAUUGGUGAUGAGGAUACGUGUGUGGGUUUCUUAUUAGGCGGAGUCGGAGAGAUCAACAAACAUCGACAACCUAAUUUUAUGGUUGUUGAUAAAAAUACAGCAGUAAGCGAAAUCGAGGAUACUUUUAAGCGAUUUAUCAAACGUGAUGACAUCGAUAUUAUCCUUAUUAAUCAAAAUGUAGCUGAAAUGAUUCGUCAUGUAAUAGAUAGUCACACUCAACCCAUACCCGCUGUACUGGAAAUCCCGAGCAAGGAUCAUCCUUAUGACGCUAGCAAGGAUUCCAUUUUGAGACGCGCCAAGGGAAUGUUCAAUCCGGAAGAUAUCCAUGCAUAAUGUGUGUACAGUACUAACUUUAUUGCUAGCUACUCUACAGAUGUUUAAUAAACUAGAAUUAUUAGUUUAUUGCAUUCCACAUCUUUAUUACAUUAUGGUACAUGUGAUGUAAAAUUAUUGUUUGCAUACUCUUAUUGAGUAAAAAGAGUGAUAAGUACAAAAAAUAGUUCUGUCCGUUAUUUUGAGUAUGUAUAUGUGUAUAAUUAAUAAUCAUUGACAUGAUUAAGCGACAAAA